UCGGCCAGCAAAGUCGAACUUCUGACCUGUACGAGGUGCUGGCUACGAACCUACAGUUGCAAUAAUACUGUAGAGCCGAUAGAAGACAAGCGCACUCGAUGGAGCUGUGAUGGUUCAGCAGCGGAGGUGGAUGGCCGUCCACCUGAUACCUUUGAGGCUGAGUGGCCACCACAGAACAGAGGACUACCAUCAAAAAGGGUAUGAAAACCAUCCGACUUACUACUACUUCCUUAGGAAAGAAGACGGAGCAGAUGAUGCUCGUGGAACCAAUGCCUAGUAGUAAGAUAGGACACCUCUGGGGUAGCGAUGCAGAGUUUUCACACCCCCCAUUAACGGUCGAAGCUCUUGUUAAGGGUUUAGAAACGAACAUAGGCUGUUGCCUCCUACUUCCGACGCCUAGCUCUCGAGGCUCGAAGCUCUUGUUAAUUGACCGACCGAUUCCUUCGUACCGAUCGACGAGCGAUACUCGUUACACCGCGGUGUAUGUCAGACGAGGGGGCUGGAGUAACAUGCUCUAAGGGCCGGAUGGUUUGCAGAGCUGACGGAUUACCACUGAGCUGUAUCAGAAG